ACAGAGGCAACAACAAGCGGGGACAUGUACAGCUUUGGAAUACUCCUGCUGGAAAUGUUCACGGGUAAGAGACCCACCGAUGACAUAUUCAAAGAUGAUCUAACACUUCAUCAUUUCGCAAAGAUGGCAUUGCCCGAUCAAGUACUUGAAGUUGUGGAUCCAUUACUUCUAGAUGGGGAUAAGGAAGAAGAGAAUGCAAAUAGCAGUAGAAACCAAAGGAGAGUACACAUGAAAGAAACCAAAAAGAAAGAGUGCCUGGUUUCCAUCUUGGGAGUUGGAAUUUCUUGUUCUGUUGAAUCACCCAAAGAUCGCAUGGACAGUGUCGAUGCAGCCAAGCAACUGCAUUCUAUCAGGGACAAAUUUCUACGGACCGGAAUCCGGACACAAAGAGAAGCACGUGUUUAGAAUGGAG